AUGGUGAAUACUAUUAGUGACGCCCUCUUUGAAGCAGAAGAAAUGUUUAUGUAUUUGAAGCCAUUGGAAAGAAUCUUUCAGCGGAUUGAGGAGCUCGAAUUCAAUAAGAUAUCCACGUACUUUGCGCCUCUAUUUCAUAUUUUGGCCUUGAGUUGGUCAAAAUCACAAGUUUUUCGAAAUCCAUCGCGUUUUAUUUUGCUUUUGCAAAAGGUUUCCAGUGCUCUCAUUGUUCAGGAUGUUUUGAACUCAGCGGUGGAUUUUGUCGAUCUUGAAAGGUGUAUAAUCGGAGGUGUACUGGGAGCCUACUUGAGUUCCCAAGUUUCUGCUAUUUUUGAUGAGUUUUCUGAGAACUUCAGGGAGUUUACUCAACGUGAUUACGAUUGUCUGGACUUGGAAUCAAGUGAUUUUGAGCAGGAAUUAGAGGGCAUUGCAGUAAAGUUUGAUGACUAUGAGCAGCGCUUGGGAAGCAUACUUUGUCAGGCCCUGAGUGAUUGCCCUACGGUUCAACAUGCUUCAAAGGUGUUGAGUAUGUUCAGCGGUUUCCUUGAGAGAUCCAUCAUCAAGCCCAUGAUCGAACCAUUCUACGACAACAUAUUGCAGAUGGUUGAGGAGGAGCUAUUACAUGUGAAGAGGAUUGUUAAGGAAAGCAUGGUUGACAGGUUCACCGAACUUGUCCAAGGUAUGCUUCCUCUGGUAUCCUCCUCUAAAGCAACAGUGUAUGGAACUGCAGUAGUACAGAGGAUUUCUUUUUCAGUUUCUCCAAGAUCCGCGACAAAUCCCCAACAGUCGGUUUUGUUACCUACAAUUACGUCAGAAAGUGAGGGUAGGUGA